AUGCUACGAGGAAGGUCGCUUCAUCUGGCGCAAGUCAUUCUCACAGUGGCACCAGCAUUUAUCACCUACGGAUACAAUCAAGCAGGAGUAGCGCCGCUUGCUUCGUUGCAGUCAUGGGUUCAUACAUUUCCAGAGAUCGAUACGAUUAACACCGAAGGAGCAAUCAAGGCACGAAACGCGACGAGGAAGGGUGCUCUCAUCGCGGCUCUCCAGCUAGGGGCGCUGGUGGGGUCGCUCUCAUGCACCUAUUUUGGUGACUGGCUUGGCCGGCGCAAGACCAUCUUUAUGGCGGCCGUCAUCGCCGUUAUUGGGGAGCUGUUACAGACCACCUCUUAUGGUGUCAUUCAAUUCAGCCUGGGCCGGGUCAUUCUCGGCCUCGGGAUUGGGCAGUUGAGCGCCACGGUCCCAGUGUGGCAGGCCGAGUGCAGCUCAGCCAAGCACCGCGGGCGGCAUGUCGUCGUCGAUGGCAUCUGCAUGACCUUGGGAUUCGUGCUGUGCAACUGGAUCGAUUUUGGGUUCAGCAAGGCGUCCGGGUCCACGCAGUGGCGCGUUCCACUCGCCAUCUCAUUCUGCUUCCCACUUGCUGUGAUUGGAUCGGUCUUCCUGCUACCAGAGUCGCCGCGAUGGCUCGCCAUGGUCGGCCGACCCGAAGAGGCCACACGCAGUCUGGCAGCGUACAAGGGCCUCCCGGUGGACGAUGAAACGGUGCAGGCGGAAAUGGCGAGCAUCGAAUCAUCCUUGGAGCUCUCUACGCACUCAGGCGGUCUCUCGCUUCUGCAGCUGUUGCUCGGUAAUGAUGAGGAACGCCUUCUCUACCGAUUUGCGCUCUGCAUCCUGACGCAAUUCUUCCAGCAGAUGUGCGGUGGCAACCUGAUCUCAACCUAUAUAUCGACCAUCUUUGAAGAGAACCUCAAGCUGGGCAAUGAUCUCUCCCGGAUCCUCGCCGCCAGCGCCUUGACAUGGAAGUGCGCCUGUAAUUUCAUUCCAUUCUUCGCCAUCGACCGCGUCGGACGCCGGAAGGUCUUCAUCGUCAGCGGAAUCGGCAUGAGCAUCUGCAUGGUGGUAUUAGCCAUCACUACGAGUUUUGACCCCGAACACCAGUCGGUCUCCAUCACCUCUGUCGUCUUCAUUUGGCUGUUCAAUCUCUUCUAUCCCAUCGGAUUUUCAGGCGCAAACUUCCUCUACUGCACAGAGGUGGCUCCCAUGCGCCUGCGCGUGGCCAUGUCAGCCGUCUCGACCGCGAACAAGUGGCUGUGGAAUUUCAUCGUCGUCAUGGUAUCCCCCAUCGCGAUAAAUACCCUGGGUUAUCAGUACUACAUUGUGUAUGCUGCGAUUUCUGCGAGCAUCCCCGUCACGGUGUACUUUUUCUAUCCCGAGACUAUGAACCGCAAUCUGGAAGCGUUGAACCAUGUUUUCCGGGAUGCCCCUUCCGUGUGGCAUGUUGUGGCUAUGGCUCGGAACAUACCCCAGGGGGAGAUAGUAGAUGACGAAGGAGGAGAAGAGAAGGCGAGUGUGGAACAGAAGGAGAAGGUCUAA